AACUAGGGUAGGCCAAUCAUAAUAGGUUAUAAAUUUGUAAAUAAUUGUACCCCGCUGAUGAAUUAAUUUGGAACUCCAAAAUGACGGGACUUCUUGCACUUUUUCUCAUCUGUUUAUUUCUUUACUGCAAUUUUACGUGGGUAAUACCAAGGUUACUGGCGUGGUUGGUAAAACGGCGGUAUAAAAUCCACCUGAGAGUCGGUCACAUUUCCUUACCCUAUUUCAUUCUCCGUGAUGUUACUGUCACCAAAAAUGGCUUUACUGUGCAAAUCGAUGAAAUCACAGUACGCAGUAGCUUGUUUAGCAGUGAAGUAGCCAAACUGCUGGCCGUAGUAAUGCGUGAUGUUCGUAUCAACAAGGAUGUACCAGUGCAGCCUAUUUAUACCAAAAAGAAUUUUGAAAAACCACUGGAUUUCAGGAACAAGAAGAUACCACCAAUUAUUAUCACUUUUGUUCAGUUUAUGGCUGUUCAUGUGGAAAACCUGAGCCUCCUUGCGCUUGGGAAUGGAUGGUUGGCUAAUGGAAGUGCAGAGAGUCUCAGUUUAGAUGGUAGUGUCGUCCAUGGAACAAGAACUCUUCUUGCAUCUGCUGCUGUAACUGGUGGAGCAAUGAAAUUGUUGCGUCAUGCCUCAGAUGCUUGUUUGGCACAGAUCAGCUUUGCAGGCAAUAUUGAGGCAACACUAAAGGCCCAAGGAGAAUUAUCUGUAGAGAAAUUGUAUAUUGGCGUGACUCAAACAGAGGGAUCCGGAGGAGCUGGUCUCCUGCAAUUUUUCAAAGACCGAAAGACGUUGUCGCCUACUAAAUCGCAUGGAAAUGCAAUUGGCCAGAUUAGUGGAACACUGCUAGCUCGACUGGCUCCUAUCAUACCAAAAAAUAUGACUCUGAAAAUGGGAAAUUCGUCGGUAAUUGCUGGUAGAGAAGAUGGUGGGCGAGUGGGCUUAGAAGGGACGAUGAAGGGCUUACAUGUAAAUGCUAGAUUUCAGCCAGCGGAUCCUCAGUUAUGUUUGGCAGUGAAGUUGGAUGGAUUAUCGAUUCGUGGAAAGCAGCCGGUUCUUUCUCUACGAACAUUAUCGAUAGAUUCAAGGAUGGAAGAAGAUGUUUUACGCAUAUCAACUCAGUUGCGCAAUCUUUCUGUGACAUAUGACUACGUGGACUGGGAGUUGGUAUUACCUGGGUGUAGUGGCGAGAUACCCAAUUCUGAUGUUGAUUUAUCAUCGAAGGGAAAAUUACCUUGGCUUGAAGUACGGGCUGUGACUGAACUCUAUGAAGGAGGAUUAUUUGUUAAACUACCUGAAAAUCAAGAAGCAUCAUGCGGUUUAUCCCAUGUCAAGUUUUCGCUGGAUAGAAUAGCAGACAAAGUCGUGGAAUGGAACACAGAGCUGUCUGUCCAAUCUCUCCGAUGGACUUUGGAGGGUGGAGAUGGAGGUGCUCCUGGAACUUCUCAUAGAUGGGGCAGUCCACUAUAUGUUGGAGUAUUUCUGGCUACGACUCGCACAAACGCUGUUGGAGUGUUUCUCGAUGAGUUGAGAGCUGAAUGGAGCCCCAAACUCGCUAGAUUUUUAGAACAAAGCUUCAAGUACUAUAACGAACGCAAAAGAGUUUUACACAGUCAAUCAGAUGUUACAAAGAAAGAAACGACCCAAUUCAACUUGAAAAUCAGAAACUGUAACUUAUUUUUCAUAGCUGAGAAUGAAUUAUCCGUAAUGGUGCGCCUAGAUUCGUCAAGCUUGGAACAUAGCUCGGAGCACCUCAUCGCUGUUGCAGAAGGUGUCUCUGCAAUAACACUCGAUAGAAAUGAACCUGUGUUGUGUGAACAUGCGCAAGCUCUGUCGAGUCCAUUCCUUGCUCUCCGAAAGUGUAAAGGGGCCAUCACACAUAAUAGUAUCAAUGUGAGUCUUGAUGAAUCAAGCUUGGUAUGGAGUCCUAAUCUCCAUCUUAGAUUACUUCAGCUCUGGCAAGAGGCUGCAGAUUUCAGAGCAGUAGCAUUCAGAAAAUCAGUUAGAGCUCCAACCGCAGAAACUCCAAAGCCCGUGCGAUCGAUAGAUCUGUUAGCAACAGGUGGUACAACGUUGUCAAUCAUUAUAUCACCUAGGCAUUUUCUUGAGCUAUCUUUGGAUCAAUUACGCUGGGUGCAAGGUGAAUGGAGAUUCAGCUACUUAAGAGCUGCCUUAGAUGGUGCCGAUAUUCUGACAGUUGAAGGAAUUGAGGUGAUCAAAGUGCCUGAAAGCGAAGAAGUUCGUUUAGAAAGAGCAAAUAAUGAGGGCUUCGAACUUGACUGGAACGUGACAUGGGCCGUUUACAUAGAUUCCUGUAAGGCUUCUUUUCCACACGAACAUCAGUGGACAGAAGCAAUACAAAACGAGUUGAUUAGUAUCCGAAAGUGGUUGAAAGAAAUUCAUGCAGGGGAACCACAAUUGGAGAAGCCACUGCCGAGUGACUUUAUAAUUAAGGUGAAAGAAUGGACUUUUGAGGUGAAAGAUGAUCCUUUUGAAGUACGUCUACGAGAUAACUAUGAGCUUUUAGAAGAUGAAUACAAGGAAAGUUUAAAACGACAGGCAAUGUUAGAUACUAAAGUCCAAGGGUUGUGUAGAACACAUCUGAUACUUCCUCAAAGUAAGGUAGAGGAGCUCUAUGCCAGUUUAAAUAAAAAAAAUGCAGAAAUAUAUGUGCAGAGAUGGAAACAAAUGCAGCGCGCUGGUCCUGUGAGAACUCGUCUUUGUGCUUGGACGAUGCAGGAUCUAGAUAUUAUGGUCUUAGUUGAUCCCACAAUUCAUGGGACAGAAAAAGCUGUUAAAGCCUUCAGAGAAAUAGAUCCAGAAACACCAUGGCCUGAAGAUGGUCUUGAGUUUAACACGCUAUGGGUUCGAGGUAUUUCUGUAAAAUGUGCAGAGUUGAAAUUGCAGCUACGUGACUUUCCGCAACCAUUGUUAUUAGUGGAAGGCCUAAGCAUAUGGGGAAGAUUAGCCGGAGCCGAAGCUCUCGCUCCUCCACGGGCCAGAAGAACCGUCAGAAUCGAAGUGGGAGCUCCCUGGGAUGAUAUAGUCGUUGAGCGAGGAAUGACAUCUAUGAAAUACUACCACGAUUUGAACUGGGAUAUCGAUAAAUAUAGAUAUGCUUUUGGACCCUGCUGGGAGCCAGUGAUUGCACAGUGCAAUCUCAGUUUUGAGAAGAUCAAUCAUCCCUCAAGAGACCCGAGUCCACCACUUCCUUUUUGGGACAAGAUGAGACUAUCUUUCCAUGGUAGAUUGACUCUGUGUGUGAAACAACUGACUAUUCUACUCCAUGCUUCGCUCGAUCCUUAUAAUACUACUGAGGAGAUGGAAUUGACUUGGACUGGCUUGGAGUUGGACUGGACUCAGGGACGAAUAAUCAUUAAGGGUGAUUUGGACGUCUGUGUAAGGACUGCCAGCAAAUACGAUGACUGCAGACUUCUACAUUUGCCUAAUGUCCGAAUGAGUAUUAAAUUAGCUUGGGUAUGUUUGGGAGAUCCUCGUGACCAUCACACUGCCAUACCCUGUGCUCCUGAUAGGUUACCAGAAUAUUCAAGCAAUCAGGAACAUGAUUCCUUCAGGGCAUUUAGAUCUCAAAAUUUAAACGUCAGUCUUGCAUUGGAAACGAAACCUACGGGAUCCCCGACCUCGACCAGUGCUCCAAUCGCGCUACUUUAUGGAAGUACCUUGCGUUGGUUUGAGAGCUUGAAAUUUAUUUUGUCUGGAGCUACUAGACCGACGCGGAAAGGUCCGCUGUUUAAAAAUAUAAGACCGAGAAAAAAGCAAUUGAGCAGACACUAUAGAAAAGUAAGACUGACCUUGGCAUUCCACAGAUUUCAUGUGAGUUACUGGAUGUCAUCGUCGAUGCAGCGUGGCUUCGAAGUUACCGGAGGUAGAGUAGGUUGCAGUUCUGAGCAUAAUUUAUCCCUCUAUCCUAUAGACGAUGGUCUGCGACACAGACCCAGAGCCGAGUGGUCAGUAAUUUAUAUGAACUGUGAACUUAGCGAUGCAGAAAUUUGGCUUCAGAGAGCUCUGCGAGAGGACAAGGAGAGUGCUGCUUUAAGACAAAAGGUUGAAAAAUAUUACUGCUUGAGUGUUGCAAGAGUAAGUUAUGGAAGAGAGGCAAAGAUAGCUGGUGUAUACGGGGAUACGCCGACACAUAGACUAGUAGUUCAUGAUCUACGGGGUGCUUGGACGAAAACGAACAGAGAUGUGGCAUUUGCACUAUUUGAUUCCUUUAUUACCAGUCAGCAGCUGAAAAAAAAUCUCUCAACUGCUGCGCUCAAAGGUUUUCACAGAGAGAAUACUUCUACGCCAAAUAAAAAUAGAAUUAGACCUGUCGAUGGGCAGAGCACUCCGACUCAAAUGACCCCAUCUCCAGCUACCAAGCCGCAACAGGGGGAAGCUGCUGGAAUGUUGCAGAGACUGAUAGCAGAAGCGGCCAAUAAGCCCAAAGCAUUUAGCGAUGACUUAUCUGGCCAAACUAGAGGACAGCAACUCCGUGGAUUAGCUGCCUGCCACCAAGAUGACGUUACUCACAAGAAUUGGUUGAUUGCUCUGGUCAAUAGUCAAGUAUUAUUGAAAGGAAUCGAGACACGUGGUUAUGUUAUUCUUUCUGCAGCAAAGGCAGAAAUAUUGCAAAGAGUUCAUAGGCCAGUUUGGAGGGAAAGGACUUUGGUCUCAAAAACUACAUGGGUUGGAUCUCUAGAGUGUAUGCAGUACUAUGCCACCGUCAGCGCUAAUAUCGAUGACAAUAUUGACGACAACAUCAUGUGGUUGACACUCGAUAAUAUCCAGGAAAAAGACUCCACUGUAAUAGCAGAACUGCCAGAUGUUCCUGCUCUUGUAGGAUCUGGACAAAGUGUGGGAGGAGUCGUGAGUCAAACUGUUGGAGGUGGCGGUGGCUCCCAGCAUCAACUCCAGAGAAUAGUUUCUCGCUGUAAAUGUGAAUUUUUUUAUGUCGGUUAUGGCCAGUCUUUGGAUGCUGGAUGUUUAGACGAAGUUCCACCUCCACCAGGAGAAGAAGUCAGUCCUUGGGAACGCAAAGAGCUGUCUGCGGCUGACGCCUUCACCUUGACCCACCAUGAUCUUGACGUCUGCACAAACUCGUUGCAGUACGCUAUGAUUUUAGAUAUCGUAAAUAAUUUAUUGCUCUAUGUAGAACCCAGGAGAAAAGAGGCUCUGGAACGGUUGCAACGAAUGAGAUUUCAGUUGCAGCUUCAUUCUGUUGAGGAUCAAAAACGGCCUAUACAACAGCUCCAGAACACCGUGCGCGGUUUAGUCGCCAAAUUGAGGAGAUUAGAGAAGGAAACUCAUCUAUUCCAGAAAGCUUUAGCUGAAGAACCAAGUCCUGAGUUAUUGGAAGAAAAAGAACGAUUAGAAGCACGAGUUUAUGAAUGUAAAGAGCAGCUCAAUGCUCGAGCUGAAGAAUUAGACGUCAUGUUAAGCUGUUACAAGGAAACGACUGCUCCCGCUGCUGCCUCGACCACACUGAAAGACAAGCCAGCAGCAGUUGCCAGAGCAGCCGAGAUUUGCUUCAAAUAUGCACAAUGGAGGCUUACCGAUGCCGAUGGCCUGUUGGGGAUUGCAGAUCUUACUCUGAAAAACUUUCUUUAUACCAAAACCAGCAAAACCGAUGACUCUGUUGAACAUUUGUUAGAGUUGGGAUAUGUUAUAAUGACCAAUCUACUUCCAAAUCAAGUUUACACAGAGGUUCUAACUCCUACGGAAUUGCAGAGCAAUAUGCCAGUCGAGAGACAAAGGGCUCUCAGGGUGUUUUGUCGUGAAAAAGCUCCAGUGGCAGGAAUAUCUGUGAAGGAACAUUUCGAAAUAAAUGUAGUCCCUUUGACAAUAGGCUUGACAAAGAAGUUCUUCAAUACCAUGCUGAAAUUCUGUUUCCCUGGAAGAGAUCCGGAGGGAAUUGAGGAGCCUCCAGCCCCACAAAGAGAUUCGUCAUUUUAUGUACCAAUGGAAAGACGUGAUGACGUAGAAAAAAUGAAGGAAAGGGCAGACAAAAACAAGCUGUUCAUCUAUAUAAAAAUCCCAGAAGUUCCCGUUAGGGUUUCGUACAAGGGAAACAAAGAGAAGAAUUUGGAAGAUGUGAGAGACUUUGCGCUGGUGAUACCUACUCUGGAAUAUCAUAAUGUCACCUGGACUUGGCUGGAUCUGUUGCUAGCAAUGAAGAGUGAUUCCAGACGGGUUAUUUUGAGCCAAGCAAUAAAACAGAAAUUACAAAUCAAGCCACGAGGUCCACAACAAAAAGCACCACCACAAGAGGAGGAUAAGGCCCGUCUUUUGCUCGGAGCCAGGCAUCUUCCCGGUGAUGCACGUAAAAAGAGUGUUUUUAAGUUCAAAUAGUAAUUCCUACCCGUUCAAAUCUUACAAUACGUUCGUCCUCUUCAAUAGUAGUUUGAUGGAUAAUUUUACCUGUUGGUAGUGCUCAGGAUUUUCACAAUAAUUCCGUAUAAUCACUUCAAUGUGUACAGUGAAUCUAAAUUAUAUUCUUUGUUCUUUUGGAGAUAUAUUUCUUCGGAUUUCUAAUUGGGAGUACUGUGACUCCAAGGCUAUAAAUUCCUAAAUCUUGCCAGUAUCUAGUUGGAAGUUAUUCUUUUGAUUUAUUAGCAAUCCUUGGUUGUAUUGUACGUCUGUCGAGAGAAUGAAAGCAACGUAAAAAAAAAAAAAGUUCACCCAAAUUUUACAAUAAUAAUCCAAAUGUUCAAGAAAAUCACCGAUCUAAUUACACUAUGGCGUACAAUCAUGCCGUUUGAGAUUUCAUACAGCCAAUCAACAAUGGAUAUCACGCAGAAUUAAUUCACUUGACUAAUUCUGUAUUGAUACCCUUAGUAUGAGAUUUUUUAAACAAUUUUUCUAUUUAAAUUGUGGCUGUCCAUAGAAAUACCGAUGAAGGGUAACUUGAAAUUAUUUAUUACGACAUUGAAUAUGACUAAAGUCUGCAAUAAAUGAGAAACCUGAACUUGAUAAAUUUCCAGUAUUUUUGUCAGUAUAGAAAGAAAAUAAAAAAUCAAAUUUCAUUAUGCACAAAGUUUUUUUGUGAUAUUGUAGUCAUGGUUGUUUUGUAGAUUUAUUUAAUUUUUUAUCUUAGAGCUAAUAACGUUUUAUAAUCAACGACUUAUCACUCUAAUGCUUUCUGCUCAUGAUCUUCUCGAUCAUAUACUUUUUGAUGGAAAUUGUUUUAGUGAAGUAUGAUUGUAGCACAGCAGGCUGUUGACUUAUUUGUUAGAUUAAUAUAAUAUUGAGUAAUAAAGUACUUAUUUACAGAAUA